AUGAAUCCAGUCAGGGUGACUGUGAAGAAGGUGGAGGAAGGAUCACCAUUUAACCGGACCUUCUUCCUGAAGAGAAUCCUCCUGGAUUGCUGCGGGUUCCAAGCAGCAGAUAUUCGAACGGACCUCAGGGGCCAAGGAAACAAGCCGAAGCAAUGUGAUCUGGGACAAACUACAUCAGUAACAGCCUUGACAGUCAGUCUCUGUCAACUCAGAUUGGUGUUUGGUUUAUUUCAGGAGGAAGUUUCUCGGAGGAGGAGGAUUAGCGAUGAGCUUGGUCAUGACCUGUCACGAACAGACAGUGUCCUGUCGACUGAAAAAUCCAACAUGCUUUUACCUUUUACAGUGUGGACAGAAAUAGUGGAGGCCAUUAAAUUGAAUAAAGUCUCAGUGACCCUGGAUGUGGAAACAGCCAAUCCCUGGCUCGAGAUCUUUGAGAAUCUGAAGAGUUUGAGACGGACCGAGACUCGGAGGAAUCUCCCUAAUACUGGGAAGAGGUUUACAACCCGUCUCUGUGCCCUGGGCUCACAGGGAUUCACAUCGGGGAGACAUUACUGGGAGGUGGACGUUGGGGGGAAUCAGUGUUGGGGUCUGGGAGUAGCCUCAGAGUCUGUCCAGAGGAAGGACUGGGUCAGUGUGAUCCCAGGGAAUGGAUUCUGGACCAUGGAGCGGAGUGGGAAUCAAUUUUAUAUAAACUCCUCUCCUCGAUCCCCUCUCCCUGUUGGUCAGAUCCCUAGGAAGGUGGGAGUUUAUCUCAGUUAUGAAUGUGGGACAGUUUCAUUUUGCAACGCGGACACCAAGUCCCAUCUCCACACCUUCACUGGGAAUAAAUUCACUGAGAAACUUUAUCCUUUUUUCGGGACUUGGGAUUUAAACCAGUUUCUGAGAAUCAGCUGUUAAAGGGGCGGGGCCUCCCUGACGUCACAUUGACCCCCGGGUUUAGGGUCUGGGUCAGGGAUUGGGGUCAGAAACCUCCCAUUGACAACAGGAUGUUACUGAAUGUGUCAUUGAAUUCUGAGAUUAUACUUUGUAACAUCACAACCAAACUGUCAAUAAAUCAGAU